AUGCUACACCGUAGUCAGGCAAACUUUAUGAAUGCGCUGACAGCUAGUGAUUGGACGAUGUAUCCGUUUGCGACAAUGAAUGAAACGGAUUUUCAAAACCUUUUCGAUGUCUACACAGAUGCGGUGUUCAACCCUAAGCUAAAUGAAUUGGACUUUAUGCAAGAAGGAUGGCGGUUGGAGCCCGAGGAGCUGUCGGAGGAGGCAAAACUGCGUCUCAAAGGAGUAGUAUUCAACGAAAUGAAAGGUGUAUUCCUUGCACAUCCUGGUAAAUAUUCGUUCGCGUCUCCUUGA